CAAAUAAAAAAGAGGAAAAGAAAAAUUAUAUAUUAGUGCAUGAACCCGAAUCCACCGGUUUGAGAGUCUCUUCCAGUCACAGCAGAGACAGAGAGUAAGAGCACACUGCACAGAUCUGAGUGGUGACUCUUUCACUUCUCAUCACUAUUAUUAUUAGGUCUGAAGGCUCAUUGCCAUUAUCAUGUCAAGGAGGCCAGUAAAUCCUUCGCGUCGGCUAGGUGAUGGUGGAAGUAUACCAUUUGUUGCAUCUAUCCAGUCCAAAUCUCAAAACUCUCCCCUACUAUCUAUUGGGCUUGUCAUUGUGGGUGCAAUCCUCCUGAUUGGUUAUUGUUACAGCAAUUCAGGUGGAGCUAGCGGUGGUAUUAAGGAUGUAAAACUUGAAGGUGGCGCAUCGUGCUCAUUGGAAGUCCUACAAGCAUUGCCCAUUUUGAAGAAAGCAUAUGGAGACAGCAUGCAUAAGGUUUUGCAUGUUGGCCCUGACUCUUGUUCUGUGGUAUCUAGUUUGUUAGAAGAAGGGGAUACUGAGGCUUGGGGAAUAGAACCAUACGAGUUAGAUGAUGUUGGUGCAAAGUGUAAAAAUCUUGUACGCAAGGGCAUUGUGCGUGUGGCUGAUAUAAAGUUUUCUCUACCAUAUCGUGCAAAGUCAUUUUCUCUGGUUAUUGUGUCAGAUGCAUUGGAUUACUUAUCUCCAAGAUAUCUGAAUAAAACCCUGCCAGAGUUGGUGAGAGUGUCUGCUGAUGGUGUUGUUAUCUUUACAGGUUAUCCAGGUCAGCAGAAAACUAGAGGUGAAGAAGUGGCCAAAUUUGGUCGUCCAGCCAAAUUGCGCAGUUCAUCUUGGUGGAUAAGGUUUUUCGUUCAGAUUAGUUUAGAUGAAAAUGAUACUGCUGGAAAGAAGUAUGAACAGGCUUCAACCAAGAAGGCAUACAAGCCAGCAUGCCAAGUUUUUCACCUCAAAUCAUACCCUUGAAAUUUCACUGUCUUAUUUGUAUACUCCACUUAAUGGAUAGAAGUCAUGCUGAUGAGAUAGGCAUCGUCAGCACCCGAAGGGCAAAGUUUCAUAUAUUCUGUUGAAAUUGUAGUUCGAUGGUGAUGACAUAUUUUAUUUAGAUUCAAUUAUUAAUGUAUUUUAUUGGCAACCGAUUGUAAACUAUUUUUGUCUUGAUGGUGUUCCACAUGUUUUGUAUUCACAACUGCUAUUUAUUAUUUAGAAAACUUUCUGAUUUGACACAUUUAAUUCA